UUUGUUUAUGGGAUCACUGCAGGUCUCAGUACAGGGGAGGAAUUCAUUUUCUUUAAAAGCCAAACAUGGUGCUGCAAGAGUUGAGGACUUUUAUGAGAAAGCUGUUUCCUGCAACAAGCUUUGAGCAUCAUCAUCACUACCAUCAGACACCAGAGAGAAGCAGUUGCAGCCAGAGGAAAUCUUCCUGCAGUAUAUAAGCAUCUAAAUCAACGACUGUCUGAAGAGGAUUCAUUAAAAUGCUGAUCUUAUUCCAACUGCUGCUGCUGCUCGGAGCGACGCGAAGCGCAUUCAGUCAGAUCUUUGAGACAAAGACUGUUGAUGUCGGAGAUGAAGUGAAGUUGACGUGCAGCCGCCAGAAGAUGGAUUUCGGAGCCAAAUUUUUUUGGAUCCGGCUUGUUUCUGGAAAGUUGCCUGAAUUUUUGGGAGGAACAUAUUCCCGUGAUCACACUGGUGUUAAUAAGACUCCUCACUUUACAGUCAAACAAGAGCCUGGAAGCUUUGUUCUGUACAUUAACAAAGCAGAGACAAGUGAUGCUGGAGUUUACUACUGCAUACAGCAAAAUAUCCUUGACAUGAAAAUAUUGAUUGGAACCUUUCUGAAUAUGAAAGGACCAGAACCUGAUAUAACUGCCGUCAUUCAAGUCCCUCCAUCUGACCCGGUCGGUUCAGGAGACUCUGUGACUCUGCAGUGUUCCGUCCUGUCCGGCUCUGACAACCACACAUGUCCAACAUAUGACAAGCUGUACUGGCUGAGAGCUAGUGAAUCUCAUCCCAGUUUAGUUUAUGUUCAUGGCAGUAGUGGUGAUGAAUGCGACGGGAGCCUUGAAGCUCACUCACCCCACAGAUGUGUCUUCAAUUUCUGUAAGAGUUUUAGUUCCUCUGAUUUUGGGACUUAUUACUGCGCUGUGGUCACAUGUGGAGAGAUUUUAUUUGGACAAGGAAUAAAACUGGAAAAUGAAGUGGUCAACAUAUGGAAUCUACAGAAGGCCAAUACAGUUCUGUGUCUGUUAAGUGCUGCAUUGGCGAUAAGUCUGAUUGGAGUUGUCGUCCUUUUCAAGAAGAAAACGUGUGAUUGCUGCAAAGCUGGAGUUUCUUUACAAACAGAGGCUGCAGCAGUCGUUGGUAAUCCGCCAAGUCAGCAGAGACACGAGGACUCAUUGGUUUAUUCUACAGCAACCUUCAGCAGGAGGAAGGCUGGAAAAACAACGGGCUACUCUGAUGUCAGAGCUUAUGUGAUAGAUUAACAAUCUAAACAGUCGACUUUCUGAUUUAAAGAGCUAUUAUCAUUCAUGGCUUGAACAUUGUCAAAAGAACAGACAUUCACAUAAAGUGUCACAUAUGAUGUUUAUAACAAUAUUUGGAUUGUAUUACAAAUAUCUGUAUAAAACACAUUUUCAAAUGCUUUUGGUGACACCAGACAGAACUGUCACUCACACUUCUCAGCUGAUCCGCUCCCUUCACUGGUUACCAGUAGCUGCCCACAUCCGUUUCAAAACACUAGUACUUGUGUACCGUGUUCCGAACGGAUCGGGUCCAGUCUCCAUCCAGGACACGGUCAAACCUCCCUCACCAGCCCGUCCACUUCUCUCUGCAUCUACCAAUCGGCUUGUUGCUCCCUCACUGCGACUUUAACACUCAACUAAAUCACCACUGUUUGCUGUCCUGGCUCCUAAAUGGUGGAACGAGCUCCCCAUCAACAUCAGGACAGCAGAGAGUCAACACAUCUUCCACAGCAAACUAAAAACACAUCUCUUCCGACAUUACCUUGAAUACAAAAACAAACAAAAGAAACAAAAAACUUCCCUCUGGCACUUUUAGUUUGGCUUCUUGAAGAAAAUGUUACUUUCUUGAUUCUUGUUGUUCUGGGUUCGUACCCUCAUGGUUGAUGUACUUAUUGUAAAUUGCUUUGGAUCAAUGCGUCAGCUGAAUUAAAUGAAAUGUAAUGUAACUGUGUAUUUUUUAUUUCUCAGCAUUUUUCAUUUUUAGAGGUCAAUCGUGCUUCUACUCAAACUGGCUUUUUGAAAGAUUCAAACUUUCACUCUGUCUCUUAUGCAAAUUAAAUCUAUGAAUGAAA